AUGGGGAAUUGCCUCAAAUCCCCGACUUCGGAUGGCAUCUCCCUGCUUCACGAGUCUCAGUCCGACCCAGCUAGCUUUGGCGAGGGGACGGAGCCAGAUCAGGAGCCGCCGCCACCAAAUCAGGAACAAGUUCCGGUUCCCAUCUAUCAUCCGACAUCUAGCCAGACUCAGCUAGCAACUCUGCUGACUGAAGAGGAACAAAUCAGAAUAGCUCAGAGAAUAGGCCUUAGACAGCAUCUGCCUAAAGGAGUUUAUGACCCUGGAAGAGAUGGAUCGGAAAAAAAGAUCCGAGAGUGUGUGAUCUGUUUGAUGGACUUUGUCUAUGGGGACCCGAUUAGAUUUCUGCCGUGCAUGCACAUCUAUCACCUGGACUGUAUAGAUGACUGGUUGAUGAGAUCCUUCAUGUGCCCCUCCUGCAUGGAGCCAAUUGAUGCAGCGCUGCUCUCAUCCUAUGAGACUAACUGA